GACCGGGUUGUCAUCCUAUGGUCUUUCUCUCCGCUUCCCUAGAUUUUUCUACCCCUAGACGACUUGCCGUGGUUAGAGAACAACUUGCACCAUGGAUAUCGCCCUUGAAAUCUGGGACACCUUUAUUGGUGAUCGCUUGUAUUCGGCGCUUCUUCCUACCUCGCUGUCCUCCUCAAUCACCAUUCCUGGCUUCACCAAUGUCGCCAACAGCACCCUGUCGCUUUUCGGCGCCACACAGCCCUUCGUUUACGAACCUGCCACGCAACUAAUCUAUCUCGAGCCCUCGAAGUAUGCGUAUAUGAGCGCCUGGCCUCGAAACAACAUUUACCGCCAAUUCCUCAGUUUCUUCUUGAUCGUCUGGAUUUUCGGUUUGAUCACAUACUUCAUUUGCGCCUCCCUUUCCUACAUCUUUAUCUGGGACAAGUCGACCGUUCAUCACCCGAAAUUCCUAAAGAACCAAAUUCCCAUGGAAAUCAAGCAGACCAUGGAGUCCAUGCCCAUCAUGUCUCUCCUCACUGCUCCGUUCUUGGUCGCGGAAGUUCGUGGUUACGCCAAACUCUAUGACUCGUUCUCAGAUGAGCCUUUCUGGGGCUACAGCUUCAUUCAAUUCCCGUUGUUCAUCGCGUUCACCGAUCUCUGUAUCUACUGGAUCCAUCGUGGCUUGCACCACCCUCUGAUCUACAAGACCUUGCACAAGCCUCACCAUAAGUGGAUCAUGCCUAGUCCCUUCGCGUCGCAUGCUUUCCACCCUAUGGACGGUUGGUCGCAGAGUGUGCCCUACCACCUAUUUCCAUUCAUUUUUCCUCUCCAGAAGCUCGCCUACGUUUUCCUUUUCGGUUUCAUCAACCUCUGGACCGUCUUGAUCCACGACGGUGAAUACGUUGCCAACAGCCCUGUGAUCAACGGAGCCGCCUGCCACACCAUGCACCAUCUCUACUUCAACUACAACUAUGGACAGUUCACCACCUUGUGGGACCGCAUGGGCGGUAGCUACCGGAAGCCCAACGAAGAACUUUUCCGUCGCGAGACAAAGAUGGACCAGAAGGAGUGGCAGAGACAGACCAAGGAGAUGGAGACUAUCCUCAAGGACGUUGAGGGUGAGGAUGACCGCAAGUACCUGGCCGAGGAAGAGACGAAGAAAGUCCUCUGAUGUAUCACUGCGUGCAUCCACGACCUGGCUCCAUGGAACCGUUUUACUUUCUUACAUUCGCAUGUGUUUGUAUCGAGGUU